UCACACCCCAGACCUCCAGGCUGGCGUCUCCACUCCUGCCACCCAAACUCGACCUGUCAGAACUGUCACCUUGUGAGCCUUUAUUGCUCCAUUUCUCUCACCUCGGAUGGGAGAGAAGAUGUCUUUACAUAUCACAUUGUCGACGUGUAUUCCAGAGGCAAUUUAUUUAAAAUCUACAAUAAACCCUCUGUAUUCGUUAAAUUAAACGUGUAUACGUUUUUUUUUUUGUUGUUGUUGUCCUAAUUUGACAUGGUUGUAAAAUGUCUCUGUGAAAACAACCUGAUAAUGGGUUGAAAAGAGGUAAUAAAACUUGAUUGCCACUUGAUUUCUAGUUUCGAUGUCCCAGAGCCGUCCAGCGCUCACGCUGACAAAAAAUAAAUAGGCUUUUGCGCGUUGUCAUUAUUAAUCAAUUAAAGCAUGAAAUCGACUUUUAGUUAAGCGGGGAUCGUGGAGCUGGUGCUGAAGGGCUCUUGGUUUCAGUCUUGCGGGACAAUGAAUGAGGGUGAUAUCUAAUUAGAAAGGAUUAUCCUCACCCUCGGCCGGCCCGGCCACUCCCCUAUUGUCCAGCGCGCUGAGUGGAUUGUUGUUUUUAGGGAUUUUGAGUGUUUUAAAGUGGAUUUAAUGGGAAAUCUGGAACGUUAAUCACUGGCUUAGACAGAUUCAGUAAAAGUUUGUGGAACGGCAGAAACUGUCAUGAUGAGUUUUGACCAUGGGACUGAUUACGUGGAAUCAAGAAAAUUAACCGGAGGGGACAGUGAAUAAUUUUCUCAUGACUGGCCCAAAGGCAUUUCUGACCUACGCCAGCAGCGUGCAGAUGGGCGCACGGAGUGGAAUAAAAGAGUGCAAACACCAGUUCGCCUGGGAGAAGUGGAACUGUCCAGAAAGCACGCUUCAGCUUUCCACGCUUAACGGCCUCCGGAUGGCCACAAGGGAGACCUCGUUUGUGCACGCCAUCAGCGCUGCUGGGGUGAUGUACACGCUCACCAAGAACUGCAGUUUAGGGGACUUUGAUAGCUGCGGCUGUGAUGACACGAGGAUUGGCCGUACGGGAGGCAGAGGAUGGAUCUGGGGAGGUUGCAGUGAUAAUAUUGCGUUUGGAGAAAAGAUCUCCCGACAGUUUGUGGACUCCCUGGAAGAUGGCCAUGACUCACGUGCAGCAGUCAACCUCCAUAACAACGAGGCUGGAAGACUGGCGGUCAAAGCAACUAUGAGGAGAGCCUGCAAAUGUCACGGAGUUUCUGGAAGUUGCAGCAUCCAAACCUGCUGGAUGCAGCUGGCCGACUUCAGAGAGGUGGGGAACUACCUGAGGAUAAAGCACCAGCACGCCAGGAAGCUGGAGAUGGACAAGAAGCCACUGAGAGCGGGUAACAGCGCGGACAGCAGGAGAGCCAUAGCGCACGCCUUUCGGAGCAUCUCCAGAGCGGAGCUCGUAUACCUGGAGGACUCCCCAAAUUACUGCGUCAAGAACCAGAGCCGUGGGGUGCAGGGCACAGAGGGUCGGGAGUGCCUGAAGGGCAGCAGGAACAUGUCUCAGCCGGAGAUGAGGAGCUGCCGCCGUUUGUGCUACGAGUGCGGCCUCAGAGUGGUGGAGAGGCGAACUGAGGUGGUCAGCAGCUGCAACUGCAAGUUUCACUGGUGCUGCACAGUCAAGUGUGAAAAAUGCACGCAGAUUGUCAGUAAAUAUUACUGCGCGCGUAAAGACGGUGCGAGGAGACAGCACAAUAAAACCAAGCGCAAACCAGUGCCGCGCCAACAGUGAUUUAUCGAUUAUCUCCGGACAUGUGAAUACUUUAGCGUUAUGGAUUUUUCUGCAAAGUUUUGUAUAAUAGAUGUGUUAUUUGCAGUAUAACCUAACGCCCAUAAUUGCACUUUUUAUGUUUUUUUUUUUUACUUUUUAUUGAAUGUUAUAUAAAAAUUUAAAAGUUUAUAUAUAUAAAAAAGAAGUAAGUGAACGCUCAAUUUAGAAUUUGGAAACAUUUGCUUGAUUUUUAAAAAUGUGUAAAUAUUUAAUAAAUAUUUGCUUCAACA